AUGGAUGUCCGCUACGGAGUUGCUGCCUCUGACAAGAACCCAAAUCCCUUGCCUCUUCUACUCCAGCCUCUCAAGAUUCGCGACGUGAUGUUCAAAAACCGUCUGUGGGUCAGCCCGAUGUGCAUGUACUCUUCCAAGGACGGUUUCGCCAAUGAUUUCCAUCUGAUGCACUAUGGUCAGCUCGCCAUCCGCGGCGCCGGUGCGGUGGUGGUUGAGGCUACCGGAGUUUUGCCUGAGGGCCGCAUUACCACGGACUGCCUUGGCAUCUGGAAGGAUGAGCAUGUUCCUGGACUCAAGCGCUUUGUCGACUAUGCGCACAACUUUAACACUGCGAUCGGGAUCCAGCUUGCGCAUGCUGGUCGCAAGGGUAGUACAAUCCCUCUGAGGAUGUACGGCAAGCACCCAACCCUCACAGUCGACGAAACUGAAGGUGGCUGGCCACAAGAUGUCUAUGGCCCGUCAGCCAUUGCCUAUGACUCCAAGUACUGGACACCCAAGGAGAUGACCGUCAGGCAAAUCGAGUAUGUUCAGCAGGCAUUUGUUGAUGCAGCUGACCGGGCCGACAAGGCUGGGUUCGAUUUUGUUGAGCUCCACGGUGCCAACGGCUAUCUGCUUCACCAGUUCUACUCGCCGUUGUCUAACCAGCGCACCGACAAGUACGGUGGCUCGUUCGAGAACCGCAUCCGUAUGCUUGUUGAGACCACUCGCAAGGUACGCAAGGCGCUUCCUGAGGGGAAGCCGCUGUUUGUCCGUAUUGCAGGUAGCGACUGUGUCGAGGGCGGCUGGAGUGUCGAGGACGCCACCAAGCUGACCAAAGCACUGCGUGAUGAGGGCGCCGAUUUCAUUGACAUUAUGACCGCUGGAAACGACCCGCGUCAAAAGGUCGCAUAUGCACCUGGCUACCAGGUCCCGUAUGCAGCGGCUGUGAAAGCGGCUGUGCCCGACGUUCUUGUCGGCACUGUUGGCUGCAUCGAUAGCGGCAGACAGGCAAACGAGAUUUUGGAGCAGGGCAAGGCCGAUAUUAUCUCGGCAGGCCGCAAGUAUCUGCGUGACAUGUCGUUUGUAUUCGAAGCCGCAAAGGAUCUUGGCGUGUUUGUCAAGUGGAAUGACCAGUAUGAGCGUAGUCGCGCAUAA